AUGACUCGACGAGGACCACGAAGCAGCGUGAGCCUGCUUCUCGAGCGCAACGACGCGGUUAGACAGCCUCGCCAGCUUCGACCCAAGUUCGACUUGGAUGUCGGAAGC